UAUUAACGCUUGGGAACCUAGAUUAUCAAGGUAGUUUAGCAAAUCUUCCAUUGUAGGACGUUGCUGUAGUAUUUGCUGUUAAUAUUUUAAAUAUUUAGCAUAUUGAUUAGUUGCUGCUCGUUAAUUUCUACUAUAAUCAUCAUGCCUAAGAGAAAGGGUACCGCAGCUGAUGGUGACGUGAAAGAAGAGCCUAAGAGAAGGUCGGAACGAUUGUCAGCUAAACCAGUACCACCAAAACCUGAACCGAAACAAAAAAAGGCUGCUCCAAAGAAAGAGAAAACUGAAGAAAAGAAGGCACCAGCAAAGGGUAAAAAGGGAAAAGCAGCCGAAGACAGUACACCUGCAGAAAACGGAGAUGCAAAAAAUGAAGCUCCAUCUUCAGACUCUGCUGGGGAGAAAGAAGAAAAGUCAGAAUAACACUACUGCAUCUUGGUGUGAUUCUUGUACAAGAAAUUCAGAAAUAUUUUUUAUCUAUUUUGUAAAUGCAAGGUUUUUUAGUAGCUCAAAUUUAGGGAAUUUUACAAUGGAGAAACCAACAUUGUGUCUUGCAUCAACAUCAUUGCAAGUGUUGGACUGUUAAAAAAACAAAAUUCUAGGUCUGUUUUUAAUGUAAUAUUUUUGUUGAGCUGCCAGAUGGCAUGCUGUGGGGAGAAUCCGACAUUGAUUUACUUUCUAGACUAAGGGAUGUAAUGACAGGAUUCUUAAAAUCUGUUGCAUUUUUUUGUUUUGGAGUUGUUUCUUGUUUAGACUUCUCACGUUUUAUAUGUUAGUUGUCCAUUUUACAGACAUACAUUUUGAGUACUGUGAAGUUCAAACUAUAUCCGCUGUGUAGGGUGAUAUGUUCAUUAAGCAAGUAGACUUGUAUAUGUUUAGAGGCACUGUCACUUAAUGGCAGUAUUUGUACAUGUACUGAACUGUUAUGUCCAUUAAGGACAUGUCUAUACAAGCUGGAAAGUCUUUGGGAGAAUUGUACAAAAUUAUGUAUAGCAGAACCAAUAAACUUGUUUUAUAUUAA